AUGGCGUUUCAGGAUUUCGAUCACAUCUCCGAACGGCGAAGGCGUGAGAGGCAGGCCAAGCGCAAGAAGAUCAUCAUCAUCGCUACUGUCUCCAUCCUCGUCGUCCUCCUCGCCGCCGCCGCAGCCGUCGCCGCAGUCGUCUACAACCGCCGCGACGCCUCCUCCUCCCCCUCCUCCUCCUCGACUUCCAAGCAUGGCAGCAGCAGCAGCAGCAAAAAUAAGGAGGCGCCUGUGAAGGAGAUUGCGCAGAACCAGAAGGCGAUUAAGAUGAUCUGCUCGCCCACAGAUUACAAGAAGGCAUGCGAGAGCAGCCUCUCGAAGGAGGUGCCGGAAAACUCCUCCGCCUCCCCGCAGCCGAAGGAUUUCCUCAAGGCCGCCAUUUCCGUCACCGCGGCCGAGCUGAAGAAGGCCGUCAAGGAGAUCAACUCUAAGCUGAAAUUCGACUCGCCGGAGGAGAAGGCCGCUUUCGAAGACUGCAAGGUGCUUUUCGAAGACGCCAUGGAAGAGCUGAACAGUUCGAUCUCCGACGUCGAAGUCGAAGACUUGACGAAGCUGUCUUCGACCACGCCGGAUCUGAACAACUGGCUAAGCGCCGUGAUUUCUUACCAACAGACCUGCAUCGACGGGUUUCCGGAUGGAGAGUUGAAAACUUCGAUGCAGAAGAGCUUGAAGAGCACGAAGGAAUUGACGAGCAAUGCCCUCGCUAUUAUCGCGAAGAUCAGUUCUGUGUUUUCUUCUUUCUCGCCGGGAUCCAGCCGCCACCUCCUGGCCGAUCAACCGGCCAGCUCGCCGCCGGCCGUUGACGAGGAUGGGCUUCCGAGCUGGAUAAGCCAUGAAGAUCGGAGAAUGCUGAAAGCAAAAACGGUUAAUCUCGCACCCAAUGUGACUGUUGCAAAAGAUGGCAGCGGAAACUACAGCACCAUCUCUGCUGCAUUGGCCGCCAUCCCUGAAAAAUUUGAAGGAAGGUACGUCAUCUACGUGAAAGAAGGAAUUUAUGAUGAGACCGUGAUAGUGACGAAGAAGAUGGUGAACAUUACCAUGUUUGGCGAUGGAUCCCAGAAGUCUGUCGUCACAGGGAAUAAAAAUUUCGUGGACGGCGUUCGAACUUUCCAGACUGCAACUUUUGCGGUUAUAGGAGAAGGCUUCAUGGCUCAAUCCAUGGGAUUUAGAAACACCGCCGGCCCCGAAAAGCACCAGGCGGUGGCCCUGAGAGUCCAAUCCGAUCGCUCCAUCUUCGUCAACUGCCGCAUGGAGGGAUACCAAGACACGCUCUACGCUCAAACCCACCGCCAAUUCUACCGCAGCUGCCUCAUCAAAGGCACCAUCGACUUCAUCUUCGGCGACGCUGCCGCCAUCUUCCAGAACUGCAUGAUCUACAUCCGGAAGCCAUUGGAAAACCAACAGAACAUCGUCACCGCCCAAGGCCGCGCCGACCGACACGAAACCACCGGCAUCGUCUUGCAGAACUGCAAGAUCCUGGCCGACGAGACGCUCGAGCCGGAGAAAUCCAAGUUCAAGAGCUACCUCGGCCGGCCGUGGAAGGAAUAUUCUAGAACCAUCGUGAUGGAAUCGGAGAUCUGCGACCUGAUCCACCCCGACGGCUGGCUGCCAUGGGACAAAGACUUCGCCUUGAAGACAUUGUUCUACGCGGAGUUUAACAACAAAGGAGCGGGUUCCUCCGUUUCCAAGAGAGUGAAGUGGCCCGGUUACAAGGUGAUUACCAAGGAAGAAGAGGUGAUGAAGUUCACCGUCGGUCCCUUCAUUCAAGGCGAAUCUUGGUUGAAACCGGCCGGCGUUCCCGUCCGAAUCGGCUUGUUUUAA